AUGUUGUCUUUAGUAAUACUGUUAAGUGUCACGGGAGUGUUGUGCACAGAUAAAGAUGGAGGCAAAGCAUUCAGGAUACCGCUUAACGACGGCAAUGCCAUUCCAGCUUUGGGACUUGGUACCUUCCUGGGAUUUGAUGAGAAUGGUCAAAAACCGGUAACAGAACAUGAGGUAGAUUACCCCGUGACAUGGGCUCUGGAAGCUGGUUACAGAAUGAUAGACACAGCAGCUUCCUAUCACAGCGAGGACCAGGUUGGACUUGGAGUUAGAGCAUCGUCAGUAUCCAGGGAGAACAUUUUUAUAGUCACCAAGGUACCGUCAAAUGAACAGAGAGAGGUGGUGCCAUCUCUGAAAAGAUCUUUGGAACGAUUGAACAUGUCUUACGUUGAUCUAUAUUUGAUUCACACCCCUGUCACUCAUAAGCCUGAUUCAAGUGGAUUCGACAAUAUUGACUACUUAGACACCUGGAAGGGGAUGGAGGAGACCAAAAAACUGGGCCUCGCCAAGUCUAUCGGGAUCUCCAACUUUAACAUCAGUCAAAUUCAGAGGCUUUUGAAGAACUGUGAGAUUAAACCCACUGUGCUGCAAGUCGAGGUAAACCUGAACUUAGCUCAAGAGGAUCUCAUAAAAUACUGCAAAUCUCAUGAUAUAGUGGUAAUGGCAUACACACCAUUUGGAUCAUUAUUUAAUAGGGAAGCUGACCCCACAGCCACCAGGGCUGAUGACCCAAUACUAGUGGAGCUGGCCAAAAAGUAUACGAAGACUGUUGCUCAAAUUUCUUUAAGAUAUCUUGUACAAAAAGGAGUUGUACCUAUUCCAAAGUCAGUCAACAAGAAGAGAGUGGAAGAGAAUAUUAAAGUCUUUGAUUUUGAAUUAUCCGCAGAAGACAUGGAGACUUUGAGCAAAUUCAAUAAGAAUUACAGAGUGGUACUCCCGAGUUUCUGGCAAGAUCAUCCUUAUUACCCAUUCGAGAGGGUCGACGUACCAGCUAAGGACUUAUUCUCUGGAUAA